AUGUAUUAUGUAGCUGUGAAGAAAGGGAAUGCUAAAUUUGUUAUACUUAUGAUGUUUGGAUUGAAGGAGGCAGAAAUUGCAGAAAGCAUAUUUGACAGAGUGUUUGAGGACAUUUUUGAAUCUGGCAAUGGCCAAAUUAAUCUAAAAGAUGCAAAGAAGAUCUCUAAUACUUUUGAGAAAUAUGAGAAGUACAUUAGCAGAGGCUCAGGAGGAGGAGUUGAAGAAGAACAAAAAGAGUUCACAGUGAUUGCUGUUAUGGCCAUUGAAGAAGAAAUAGUGAUGCUCCAUGAGGACCUUGCUUCAUGGCUCCAGAGCAUUGAAAGCUUAUGCAAUAAGGAGGAGGCUGAACAACAUGACAUUGACAUCAAUCCAGGCUUUUCUUUGCAUUCUGGUCUUAUUGAGCUUCAAUGGAACAAUGGCCAUCCUGAUGAAUUUAACCCAUUCAUUAACACUUCUCUCACUGAUUAUUGGAAAAACUCUGACUAUGUUGCCAAGAUUCCUCCUAGUGGUGAUAAAGAUAACAAGAUGAUGAACAUCAUAUGGCAUAAAGUUGUUGGUAUAACAGCAAUGGUGAACAUGCUGUGGACAACAAAAUUGGAUGACAAUGAUAUCCCCAGAAUCCUCUUCGCUGAUGAGGCACAGAAGCUCAGCAAGGAACUGCCUCCAGUGCUUGCACAAUUGCCCUAUUUCUGUGACCAUAAAGAGAUUUCUGAUAUGCUACAUCUUAUUUUGGUCUCUGAAACUAUUAUAGAACAGAUCAUGGAGUGGAGAUGGGAUGAGUUCAAUAAAGCCAUUGAUUUGUCAAAGCAAGACAAAUAUAACAUUGUGAUUGUUGCAAGCCAUAGUACUCUGAAUGCUGCCUACUAUGGCAUGAAUCAAAUUAUGAAAAAUAUCUGCAUAUGCUUAAUUGUGUCUGCAACUCCACUGUAUCAGUCAUCUCAUGACCUAUGCAAUCUUGCCAGACUCAUUUGUUUGAAGGCAUUCAUGGGUAAGAAGGCUGAAUCACUCAAGAAAAAGAAAGUCAGAGAGCUGUCAAAGAUAUGGAGGGAUGUCACCAAGAGUAACAAUAGUAAUAAUGAUGCUCUCACUAUAUUCAACACCAAUGCUUUAAAAGUGACAUUGAUCAAGUACACUGACCUUCUGGCUGACAAGCCUAUCAUGCUCUUGAAUGAACUCCCAUCAUAUGAAAAGAUCAAGAUUAUGAUGUCAAGAUGGAGCAACUCUUCUAGUUUGAAGGCACAUGGAGCUGUUGAUGUCACAGAUGCCAUGAUGUUUGUGCCUAAUUACUGGCUGACCAUAGCAUAUCCUCAAUCUCAAUAUGGUCAUCUUGUUUUCCCUGAUCCUUCUGCAAUGGUGAUGAGCAAUAAGAAGAGGACUCAGCAGAUAAAGAUCCUUAUUUUUCAUGAGUUCCCUAUGAUGAAUGAAUUCAUCAUGUUGGUCUUCAUUAUGCAUGGCAUUAAAAUAUUGUCACUGAAUAGCUCUAUGAGGCUCACAGCAUAUCAACAGACAGAUAACUCUGGGCUUAACCUGAUGAGAGCUUCUGUUGUCAUCCCCUUCAUAAGUUUCAGCAUCAUUCCUAGUUCACAUUCACUGACUCAGAUCCCACAGGAUAUUGACACUAUUGAUGUCUUAAUGGCUCAACACUCAGGUACAAAAGCCCAGCAGCUUCACCACUUCUUCAAGAAGCCUGAUUUUAAUGUCUGUCAAAACAGAAAGGCUUUCCAGCUGCUGUACAAUUAUGAUAUACCAGCAGAUGCUCCUGCUGCAGCUGAUGGAGAAAGUGACAACAAUAAUGAUGACAGCCACCAAGAAAGCACCAUUGAAGAGCCUUCUGCCAAAAAACAUGAGAUGACUAGCAAGAAAAUAGUGAAAACAAAGGAAGCAGAUAUCAUCAAUGAAUCCCACUAUUGUCAUAAAGUGCUGAAGAAUGUGACAGAGGAUGGCAACAAGGAGGGAGCUUCUGCUGCCAAGAAGGUAGAGAAGACAAUGCAGAGAGGAUCCAUGAAUGAGGCUGAACCAUUGAAUACUCAGUCAAAACCCAAGUCUAAGCUCAAGCCUAUCAUGAAGUCAGUGCCCAGUGCCCAGAACACUGCAGAAUACCAUUGA